CCGGGCACCACCCCGCCCGCUCUGCCGCACCCAAAAUGGCCGCCGAGGGCGGCCGCGCCGGCGCAAGGAGGGAGGAAGGCGCUGGGCGGGGAGUUGGAAGGCGGCCGCCUCACGUGAGAAGCUGAAAAGCAGAGAGCGGCGGCUGCUGCGGGACGGGGCCGUGGCGCUGGAAGGAGCAGUUCUUCCACCAUGAUGAUGCAAUCCCUACUCCCCACUCUGCUGCACCUCUUCCUUGUGCUGCUGGGACCUGGCGGUAUCAAUGGACAGAAUAUCUACAUCACAAAAGAAAAUGAAGUCAUUGUCUUGUCUGUCCCUGAAGUGGUUUCACUAGAAAGUGGAAGUUCAACAAAUGUCACUAUCUCUCUGAGGGCUCCAUUAAAUGAGACCCUGGUGAUAACUCUUAAUAUUACACACUCAUCAAAAACCAGCACUAUUGUUGAACUGCCUAAUGAAGUACAAGUGCCUGCAGGUCACACUAGAGCAGACUUCCAAGUGAAAGCAGAUGAUGUUGGACAAGUUACAGUUUAUCUUUAUGCCAUUAAUUCCAACUUAACUGGGCCUAGGAUUCAAUUUCAAGUGAUUCAUAGCAUCAUAGUGAGAUAUGCUGAUGAGGUGAUUGGCUGGAUCUAUUUCCUUGCCUGGUCUGUCUCCUUUUACCCUCAGCUCUUUGAGAACUGGCGACGAAAAAGUGUUGUUGGACUAAGCUUUGACUUUAUAGCAUUAAACCUGACUGGCUUUAUAGCAUACAGUGUGUUUAAUGUUGGACUCUUCUGGAUUCCCUUGAUUAAGGAGGAAUUCUUCAUCAGUUAUCCCAGUGGGGUGAACCCUGUGGCUAUCAAUGAUGUUUUCUUCAGUCUCCACGCAGUAGCCUUGACUCUCCUCACCAUAAUUCAGUGCUGCAUCUACGAGAGAGCAGAACAGAAAGUAUCCAAAGUUGUUGUUGGACUCCUAGCACUUGCAUGGAUCUUCACCUUCACAACCCUGUUUCUUGCUGCAGCUGAGGAAAUGACAUGGCUGCAGUUCUUGUUCUGCUUCUCAUACAUUAAGUUAGCAGUCACACUGAUCAAAUAUUUUCCACAGGCAUACAUGAAUUUCCGUCGGAAGAGCACUGAGGGUUGGAGCAUUGGGAAUGUAUUACUGGACUUCACUGGUGGAAGCUUCAGCCUUCUCCAGAUGUUUUUGCAGUCAUACAACAAUGAUCAGUGGAAGUUAAUCUUUGGAGAUCCAACCAAGUUUGGCCUGGGUGUCUUCUCCAUCAUCUUUGACAUUGUUUUUAUGGUCCAGCACUACUGCCUUUACAGGAGACAGGGGUAUGAACCUUGUGAAUAACAACACUUGUGAAGACAGACUUUAAAUUGAACUUGACCCUGCUCUGGAUGAGGGUUUUCAAGAUACCUACUGCCAGUUACCAGGAAUUCUGAUCCUGAUCUGUUGAUACUCUGACCCUCUCUUGUAUGGAACACAAGUUGUUGCCUUACCAGAUGCCUUAAAGGACAGCAAGCUAUCCAGUCACCACUUGCAAAUGGAAACUCAUGCCUGUUGAAGCUGCAGAAACAGCUUAACAUGAGGCAUCCAAGCAAGACAUGGUUCUUUUUCCAUUAACAACAGGAAAGAGACCAGAGGGAUGUCUUUCUGAUGGGAAGUGAAGCACAAAGAGCAGAAUUCUGGAUUUCCAGGAAUCUGAGAUCAUGUUUAAAUAACCACUUAAUGUAAUGACUGACUACUGUCUGUGAAUCUUAAGUACUGCUCACAGAUAAAUCACAGUAGAAAACCACUUGGGUUGGCUGUUAACAGCUGUCAUUGUACAUAAAAUAAUGAAAUUGGUAGCAAAUACACAAAUGUUAGAAUCUAAACUCUUUAUUAAAAAAAUACUG